AUGUCUGAUCUCAACUUCUCCCCCCCCGCCUGGGCUCGAGCAAUGCCCGCCGACCGCGGCUUCAACGUGACGCAGAAAUACUACCGCGCGGCCGAAGGGCCCAUCGACCCGAGCCGCGUGACGCUCCCAUCGCCGUUCGUGGUCGUCGUCGUCGGCGGCAGCAAAGGCAUUGGCGCCGCCGUCGCUAAAGCAUACGCCCAGGCCGGUGCGUCUGGGAUCGUGGUGACGUCGCGGAGACUGGGGGAUCUGGACGGCGUGGUGCAAGAGAUAUCUGACAUGCGGGCAAUGUCGACCAAAGGACAAGGACAAGGACAAGGACAGGCACCAGCACCAGCACAAGCACACGCACAAGGGCAAGCACACUCCCAAGCACACUUCCAAGUCGUGCCCUUUGCCGUCGACGUCACCAUUCAAGCCCAGGUGCUGGCGUUGCGCGACAUGGUCGACCAGACUUUCGGCCGGCUCGACGUCCUCGUAGCCAAUGCAGGUGUCGCGCCGGCGUUGUUGGCAGACAAUGACAACGACACGGUCACUGGCACCGGCACCGGCACUCACUUCCACUUCCCAUCCAGCGUCGCCGCCGAGGACGGAGCAGACUUUGCCCGCGUCCUCUCCGCCAACUUGGUCGGCUCGUUUCUCGUGGCCAACGCCUUUCUUCCACUGCUCCAGCGCACGCGCGACGGGCCACAGACCAUCAUCUUCUCGUCGAGCGCGUCGUCGCUGGACCGCGGCAGCGCCCUGGUGCCCAGUUCCUACAACAUCUCUAAGUUGGCCGUCAACCGCCUGGCCGAACAUAUCCACCAAGACCAUUAUGAGGCUGAUGGCGUCGUGGCCGUCGCUCUGCACCCGGGUUGUAUCCAGACUCCUAUUGCUGAGCUUUAUCCUGCUGUGUGGAAGGAGAUUUUGACCGACGAUAUCUCUCUACCCGGCGGAGUCUGUGUCUGGCUAACCGCCGAGAAGCGCGGCUGGCUGUCUGGCCGCUACUUCUGUGCGAACUGGGAUGUGGAAGAGCUGCUGGCUCGAAAGAAGGAGAUUGUAGAGAAGGAUUUGUUCAAGAUGCGACUCCUAUUAUGA